AUGGCUACUACAUCACAAAAUCGCGCGUUCCAAGCUUACAAUAGCCGAUACUUCCCAAACCGUCCAGCACCAAAAGAAUCUGCCAACUCGUCAUCACCAAAAACAACAACAACGCCAGCAACACCAUCAACGGCAGAACCGUUGGUCUUCGGUCGUAUACCGUACUCUUCUAUUAAAUCAACGACAGACAAAUGUUCAUCAAUACCUUCAUCUCCAGUGCCGCAUGCCGCAAUGAAAACGACUCCGAUGACAGAGAAACGUUGCUCAUCGAUAACUAGUCUGAGUCAUUUAUUACCGCGUCAGAAAACUUCACAAAUGACGACAUUAGCUUCACAAAGGCAAAGUCUUUGGAUAAGUAUAGCUAAGAAUGCUCAGCUAAAUGCUAAUCAACAAUCUUCACUUCCACUUCUUCAACAACAACAACAACAGACAAGUUUGACAAGAAAAAAGUUUCUGCGCCUACUACUGGUUUUUAGUUAUUUAUUAUCCAUUUCAUUAUUUGCCAUUGCAUUAGCCACAUUUUAUGGCUUCUUCUGGACCGAUUAUAGUACUACGCAAAUUUCCAAUGUCGACGCACCUGUCUCGGCAUUUCUUUCACCUCCAAAUUCGACAAUUAUCAAUAGGAAAUUACCAGCUGAUCAUACAGUACAGCUGUGUACCGGUCGACACUCGCUUCUCGGUGAAAAAAAUCAUUUUGACAAGAAUCUGAUUAACAAGUAA